GAUUGGUUAACUGGAUAUAUAAAAAUGGUUCACAAUSAAUAAUCCCMCACAAGAUCGUUMGUGACAARGAUCUUGAACAUYUCCAACAGCAGCAAGUUAGUAUUUGUUUUUCAAUUAUAUUGUUUUGGGAGUACUCUCAACACUUGUGGACUAUACAAUGUUGCUGAAAUACGUUUUCUCAUGUUUUGUAUUAUACCGGAUGGCAUGCGGUUGUCAGUUUGAUUAAACGUGAAUUGACAAUCGGAUACAAAAACACUAUUUCCAUAGCUCUUUCUAAUGAACGUUUUUAUAUCUCCAAUUUAUUUCUCAUGCUGCAUUAAAUCAAGUGUUUCACUAUAGAACUUUUUUGGGUGUCACUCCCAGAAAUAAMCGUACAGGAGACACCAUCGCUUUGAAUAGUAUAAUUUAGUAAGGACUGCGGUCAAUUUCAAAAUAACCUACUAAUGGUUUCGUGGGAGAUAGGACUCCAUUUCCUGUCCUUUGAAAUACUUUUCUAACACAAGCACAAUACAAGAGUUUCAUUGAAUAACCAACAAGUGACUACUUGGCUGAUAAGACGAUUGAUUUGUUUAAGUAACGUGUGUCAUAGUUAAUAUGUAAUAUUGUGCUGCCGUCUUGUGAAUAGCAAUGACAUACUGAUCGACAUUGGCGCCAUUCAGGUAAUUGUUAACAAAAUGCUAGGAAUCCAUUUGUUUUCAUGGGGUUUUCAUAUUUUUAAUCAAUAUACUGACAUGAAGCUGUGCCUGAAUGCACAAAGCACGCAAACACUUCAGAGGAUCACUUCUUCCUACUAUGCAGAACUUUGUCGAUAAAAGACGCAAUUUCUUCAACUACGCAGGAAUUGUUGGCAGCGGCGAUUUCGAGAGGCCUCACUGACACCGAAAACCAGAAGACGAUCUGGACCAAAAUGGCAACUUUCAAAAUAAUUUGUUUGGUGGCGAGCGUUCAUUUAACUGAAUCCAUCUUUUUGCCAUACUGGAAAGGAAAAAAUCAUACCUCCAACUCUUUUCACAUUCCACUGGAUGCCAUGGUUAUGGGCAAUGCCAAACCUAAAAAGCACAACGCAACACAUGAUCAAUUUUCACUAGAUGAAAGGUGUUCGUCAGGGAAGCCAUUAUCAAUAGCUUGGCAUCCUUAUGCACCAUACGUAAUGAUGUACCAAUCCAAUUACAACAAUAAGGCUGGCUUUACUGUUACUGGCAUGUUUCCUGGAAUCUUGACACAGAUAUUGAAAUCCUGCUGUCAUUCAAACACAACAGUCCAAUUUGGUAAACUUCUUCGGUCAGUUAGACAUGGGGAGGAGUCAUUUACCGAGAAUAAUUUUGAUAUAACAUUUCCUCUCUUUGGUUACGAUGGUUUCAGAAACUCUUUCAGGGAUCAUGCUUUCUUGCCAUUGGUGCGUGUACCAGGUGUAAUUCUACUGGUUCACGACCAUCAGUCAUCAACACGUACACACUUCUUGGUAACGACCAUAAUAAGUGCUUGGCCCAUGUUGGUAUUUAUUCUAGUAACAGCGUCUCUGUCAGGAAUUAUCAUUUGGUUUCUGGACCACAGUCAGAAUCCAAAAGAAUUUCCGCCACCGUUUCUCAGAGGAACGUGGGAAGGAUUUUGGUGGGCGCUGGUUACUAUGACCACCGUUGGAUACGGUGAUCGCUCACCCAAGUCUGCUCUAGGGCGAGUGUUUUGUAUUGUUUGGAUUUUAACCGGUGUAAUUAUUGUGUCUAUAUUCACUGCCCUCGUCACAGCGUCACUAUCAGCCAGUACUUAUCCGAAUUUCAAAAUUCACGGCUCUAAGAUUGGAGCUGUUAAUGGUAGCGAGGAAUUUCGUUUGGGAGUGAGCAUGAAUGCUGAUAUGAAAGUGUAUUCCAAUGUCAUGCAAAUCACUAAAGAUCUUCUUACAAAUGACAUCGAUGGUGCCCUGGUAGAUAACUACGUCAUUACACACUUUUUAAAGUUCAUAAGAGAUAAACCAAUCAGAGUGGACAAGUAUAUCGAACAUCCAAUCAUAUUUGGUACUGUUCUUGCAAAGAACUCUUCUCACUUAGAAAACUGUAUGMGGCAGUACAUAGCUGACUACCCACAUGAAAUCUUCGAGAGUAUUGCUGAGCAUCUUACUCCAUUAAAGAAUCCAACUGAUGACGUCAGCCAGCAACUUAAAGCAGCGGAAGCCCUCUUUUAUCAGGAAUGGACAUUUACUCGUAUUAUGUACGCUGGACUCGGCACCGUUGGAGUGCUAUUUGUGGCGGGAAUGAUUUGGGAGUUUGCAUUCAGACGACGACUAAACUACAAGCUGCCAUUUGGACCCAAAGUCCAUUUUAGUUCAACUGAUGAAUCUGCAAAAUUACAGAUGGCUGACAAUGCAACUGCAUCACAGAUGGACAAGCUAGAAGACUUGAUUAGUCAAUAUCAAAUGUUUCAUGAUACUUGGAUUGAAAACCUGAAAGGUCUUAGAGACCAAAAUAAUGGCAACAAAUUCAAUUUUAAUGCUACUGAAUAAGCUGAAAUAUACUUUCCUGGUAAUGAGUAGUUUAUCAUAUAUAUGAUUCUGUAUCCAGGAUUCAUCAUUAAGGAAAAGGGAGGGUUCCUUACAUACAAACGUCUUAUUAGUACACUACUUUUUAGAGCAAUGAUUGUUAUUUGGYGAACACAUUUAUUACAACUGUUAAACUUGCACCGUACAAAAUAUGGUAAUAACUUAGAUGUURUGUGUCACGCGGUCUACAUAGAGUGAAGUAAACAAAAACCGUGAAAUAAAUAUUACACUAAUACACCUUA